GUGAGAAGUAGCAGUGAAAGAUAAAAUCGAAAAAAGAAAACCUAAUUGAGAAGAUGAGUGUGAAAGACGAAAACUCCAAGAAAUCGAUGGAGCUCUUCCUCAAGAUUGGUUUGAAUGAGAAAACCGCAAGCAACACCAUCGAAAACAACAAGAAGCUCAUGUCCGAUCUCACCGCCAUCAUCUACGAGGCUGGUGCGUCUGAUGGAUGUGACAAAACAACAGGGAAUCUACUUUACUGUGUUGCAACUAGGCUUCCUAUAAGUGCUCGUAUGAAUCGUUCAGAUUUGAUCAAAUGCAUCAUGUCCUUUAAGUUACCAGCCCAGAGGAAUGCUGCAAUUAAGUAUUUUGAAGAUAUUGAAUCUAAAGACUUCAACAUGAAUGAAUUUGAAGAAGCAUGUGGUGUUGGGGUUGAUGUUUCAGCUGAAGAUAUUGAGAAAACUGUUAGUGAAAUCUUUGAAGAGAACAAUAACUCAAUAUUGGAGAAGCGAUACCGAACUAAUGAGGGUAAAUUAUUGGGAGAUGUCUUGAAAAAGUUACCUUGGGCAGAUCCUCAGAUUGUACAGAAAGUCAUAGGUGAGAAGAUGUGUGAAAUGCUUGGUGAGAGAACAGCUGCGGAUAAUGAGAAACCGGUUAAAAAGAAGGAGAAAAAAGAGAAGCCUGCCAAAGUUGAGAAGGCUGCUGCUGAAGCUGCUUCGAAGCCAUGUGAAGAGGUGCUCAAUCCAUUACCCAUAUUACCUCCGCCAGAUCAUAAUAUUAAGGUUCACACAGAGGUGUCUUUCAGUGACGGCUCUGUUCUUAGAUAUAGUAAUACUAGAGAACUUCUUGAUAAACAUUUAAAGGCGACUGGAGGCAAUGUUUACACCCGCUUCCCCCCUGAACCAAACGGUUAUCUUCAUAUCGGACAUGCUAAGGCUAUGUAUGUUAAUUUUGGUCUUGCAAAGGACCGAGGUGGUUGCUGUUAUUUACGGUUUGACGAUACAAAUCCCGAGGCCGAAAAAAGAGAGUAUAUUACUCACAUUGAAGAAAUUGUUAACUGGAUGGGUUGGAAACCCUUCAAGAUUACAUACACUAGUGAUUAUUUCCAAGAGUUGUAUGAUUUGGCAGUGGAGUUGAUCCGGAGAGGCCAUGCAUAUGUUGAUCACCAGUUUACGCUUCAUCCACAUGCCGGUGACAAAUGGUGCAUCUACCCAAGCUAUGAUUAUGCUCAUUGCAUUGUUGAUUCUCUUGAGAAUAUAACACAUUCGCUCUGUACACUCGAAUUUGAAACUCGACGUGCUUCUUACUACUGGCUAUUACAUUCUUUGGGACUCUACAUGCCUCAUGUGUGGGAAUAUUCACGGUUGAAUAUAACAAACACCGUGAUGUCAAAGCGUAAGUUGAAUCAAAUUGUGACAGACAAGCAUGUCCAUGGUUGGGAUGAUCCGCGUCUGAUGACACUUGCUGGUUUGAGACGGAGGGGUGUGACUCCAACCGCGAUGAAUGAGUUUAUAAAAGGAAUUGGCAUUACCAGAAGUGAUGGUAGUAUAAUAAAUAUGAAUCGCCUUGAGAGUCAUAUUAGAAUGGAGUUGCAUGAUUCCGCUCCGCGAACCAUGGUGUUGGUUCAUCCCCUUAAGGUGGUCAUCACCAAUAUGGAAUCUGAUAAGGUCAUAGAGCUUGAUGCAAAAAUAUGGCCCGAAAAUAAAAGUAACGACCCCUCAUCCUUCUACAAGGUUCCUUUCUCUAGAGUUGUAUACAUUGAACGAGGCGAUUUCCGACUGAAAGAUUCAAAAGAUUACUAUGGGCUUGCCCUUGGUAAAACAGUCAUGCUAAGACAUGGUUUCCCUAUCAAAUGCACUGAUGUUGUUCUUGCUGAUGACAAUGAAACUGUUGUUGAGAUCCACGCAGAGUAUGAUCCUGAAAAGAAGACUAUACCAAAAAAGGGAUUUUUACACUGGGUCGCUGAACCCGCACCUGGAAAAGAGCCAUUAAAGGUCGAAGUUCGGCUAUUUGACAAAUUAUUUUAUUCAGAGAACCCGGGAGAACUAGAGAAUUGGCUCGACGACAUUAACACAUACUCCAGAGUGGUAGUUUCAGAUGCUUUUGCUGUACCAACACUUAAAGAAGCUGCCCUUGGGGACAAAUUCCAGUUCGAGAGACUAGGUUAUUUUGUGGUUGACAAAGAUUCUACCCCGGAAAAGCUAGUGUUUAACCGGACAGUCACACUGAAAGAAAGCUCUAGUAAACCUGGAAAGUGAGAACAGUCAGGCCCGGCCUGGACGACUAGCCGAUUAAGAAAAUGAUAAGGGCUAG